AAUCGGCAAAUACUACAAGCGCCAGCCACGAUCCCUUUAUAAAUAUGGCCUUACUUCAUACACUCUCCACUCACACACACCACCUUCUUACUUUGAAAAAAGCUCUCUCUUCAGCUUCACUUCACCAGCUCUCUCGCCAUGGAUCCCUACAAACACUUGCCAUCAAGCGCUUUCAAUGCCCCCUUCAUGACCACUAAUGCCGGAGCUCCGAUCUGGAACGACAACAACUCCUUGACCAUUGGAUCUCGAGGUCCCGUUCUCCUUGAGGAUUAUCAUCUGAUUGAGAAACUUGCGCACUUUACAAGGGAGAGGAUUCCAGAACGUAUAGUCCAUGCCAGGGGAGCCAGUGCCAAGGGUUUCUUCGAGGUCACCCAUGAUAUUUCUGACCUUACAUGUGCUGAUUUUCUUCGAGCACCCGGUGUACAGACGCCUGUAAUUGUUCGGUUCUCCACUGUUAUUCAUGAACGUGGCAGUCCUGAAACCCUGAGGGACCCUCGAGGAUUUGCAGUCAAGUUUUACACCAGAGAGGGUAAUUUUGAUCUUGUGGGAAAUAAUUUCCCUGUUUUCUUCACCCGUGAUGCAAUUAAGUUCCCAGAUGUGAUCCAUGCUUUUAAACCAAACCCGAAGACUCAUAUUCAGGAGUAUUGGAGGAUCCUGGAUUUCUGCUCUUACCUUCCUGAGAGCUUGUCCACCUUUUCCUGGUUCUUUGAUGAUGUGGGCAUCCCAACUAAUUACAGGCAUAUGGAAGGUUUUGGAGUUCAAACAUUUACUCUGGUCAACAAGAAUGGAAAAUCUCUGUAUGUGAAAUUUCACUGGAAACCCACUUGUGGAGUUAAGUGUUUGACUGAUGAAGAGGCAAUCCAGGUUGGAGGAUCUAACCAUAGCCACGCUACCAAGGAUCUCAAUGAUUCAAUUGCAGCUGGAAACUUUCCUGAGUGGAAACUCUUUAUCCAAACUAUUGAUCCUGCGCAUGAGGACCAAUUAGACUUUGACCCUCUUGAUGUUACCAAGUGGUGGCCAGAGGACAUCAUCCCCCUGCAGCCUGUUGGCCGCUUGGUGUUGAACAAGAACAUUGAUAAUUUCUUCACAGAAAAUGAGAUGCUGGCGUUUAAUCCUGGUCUUGUGGUUCCUGGCAUCUACUUCACCAAUGAUAAGAUGCUUCAGACUCGAAUCUUCGCCUAUGGUGAUACCCAGAGACACCGUCUGGGGCCAAACUACCUGAUGCUUCCGGUCAAUGCUCCCAAGUGCCCUCAUCGCAACAAUCAUUAUGAUGGUUUUAUGAAUUUCAUGCACAGGGAUGAGGAGGUUGAUUACUUCCCUUCAAGGUAUGAUCCUGUUCGUCAUGCUGAGAGAUUCCCCAUUCCAUCAGACAUCGUUGUUGGAAAGCGUGAGAAGUGUGUCAUUGAGAAGGAGAACAACUUCAAACAACCUGGAGAUAGAUACAGAUCGUGGGCUCCAGACCGGCAAGAGCGAUUCAUCACCAGGUGGAUAAAUGCUUUAUCUGACCCCCGUAUUACCUAUGAAAUCCGCAGCAUAUGGAUCUCAUACUGGACUCAGGCUGACAGAUCUCUGGGUCAGAAGCUUGCUUCACGUCUCAAUGUAAGGCCAUCCAUUUAAGCCAGGUGACUCUACAACUGAUAUAUGUUUUCAACUUGCGGAGAAUCGCCAAGGACUAAAAGCAUAUGGGGUGUUCGCUCUUCUGUAUAAACAAUGUCAGAUAGUCCUACGUCUGCGGUGCUGUAUUGUACUAAUAUGGAAUAAAUUUGUCUGUUUUGUGACUCUUUCACCAGCUGUUCCAUCCAAUAAAAGCCGUUCCAUAUUUUAAGUUA